AAUUUUACUCUCAUUGUGUCUGGACGUGUAUAUUUUGUUGUUGUGUGCAUAUAAAAUAUUAAAAGACAAACAGCAAAAAAAUAUAACUUUUUGUUUUUUUGCAAAAAAUUAAGCUGAAAAAUAAUUUAAUAACAAAAUAAAUUUUGUAUUUUUAUAACAAAAGAACUAAUAACUAAAUAAACAAAAUGACUGACAUGAAAAAUGAAAUGGACAGCGAUUUGGAUCAAAAUUAUUCGCUUAACAGCAAUGCAGACCCAAAGAAUAUGCAGGAAUUGACAAUUUAUGUACAAAGUCUGCUACAAAAUGUCCAAGAUAAAUUUCAAACAAUGUCCGAUCAAAUUAUAACACGCAUCGAUGAUAUGGGCAAUCGAAUAGAUGAUUUGGAAAAAAGUAUUGCCGAUCUAAUGAAUCAAGCUGGUGUUGAGGGUCCCGAAAAGUAAUUGAGUUUAAUAUGUCGGCCGUAACGAGAGUAUGCUCAAUUUUUUAAUAUUAAGCUAAACAUCAAAAUAAUAUCAAAACACUUUCUCAACAAAUACACAUAAAACAUUCUCGACUAACUAGCAACCAGAAACAUAUUUACUAUAAAUACCCGAAUGGAAUAGAGUUAAAUACUUAUCAACUACUUCCCCAGCACCCAUUGAUUGCCAUUAUUAAAUUUUCCUGGAACAUUAUUGAGCCUUAAUAUUUUCUACUUCCUCCUCCUUUCUGAUCUUUUACAUAUUAAAGGUAUUUUUAUUAUUAAGUAAAAAAAUCAACCCUAAGAUCUUUUUUAAAUAAAGAAAAAACAAAACAAAUAUGUAA